CGCCCCAGCGCAGCGCCCGUGCACGCCCGGCUGCGCCCAGCCAUGCCCCGCCAGGUCAGCAAGCAGCCCGGGGCCUGUCUCGAGCCUUCUUUACAUUUUUCCUGGACCCUUGUGUGUGUUUUUGCCCCGUUUGACUUUGUUUUGCGUGCCAAGUCCAUGUUGGUGUUUAAAUGCAUUUUUGGUCAAGUUAAGUGUUAAGUCCAAGUUGGACAUUACGAACCUCGGUUUGUCGGGCUUCGGUCGUUCUCGUAGCUGGACGCCUGCGACCGCUGGUCGAAUUCCUCCUCGUGUUCGUAACCCUCGCGUCGCCGGUCCUCGUCCUGUUCACGUGCGCGCCGUUUUCGCGUCGAUCCUCGCGCCGUGGGGAUGGUGUGCGAUCGGCGUGCUCGGCGUGCCGGCGCGGUUCGCGCCUUGGGGGAUCAUCGCG